AAAUAUUUAUUCAAUAAAAACACAAAUCUCAUAAUAAACUCUCAUUUUUGUCAGAGUCCUGACAUGUCUUCCAUCAAGAAAUUGUACAGCAAAACAUGUUCGGAAAUUAAAGAUCCCAUGAGCUCAAAUGCUCAAUGGUUGAACUACAUUACAAGCAAGCAAGCAUUUUCUUCCAGCAUGUCAUGAAAAGACAGAUUCAGUGACAAUACCCUCCAUUUACGACAUCUCGCACGCAAAGCAAUCAAAAGAGUUGUUGAAGAAUGCUUUCCAUCUUCUUCUUGAUCCUUCUCUCUCACGCCUUCCCAGUAAAAUCUCGACUACCGCAAAACAUAUUUAUCCUCGCUGGCCAAAGUAACAUGGCCGGACGAGGCGGUGUUUUUAACAACACUAAAGCCAAUACCCUCACCUGGGACGGCAUCGUCCCAUCCCAGUGCCAACCGAACCCAUCAAUCCUCCGUCUCAAUGCCAAACUCACCUGGUUCCGAGCCCAUGAACCACUUCAUGCCGAUAUUGAUGUCGGCAAAACCAAUGGAGUUGGACCGGGGAUGCCCUUUGCCAAUGCAAUUUUGACCAAACACCAUGGUUUCGGUGUGAUUGGUCUGGUCCCUUGUGCCAUUGGUGGAACUAAUAUCUCUGAGUGGAGAAAAGGAAGUUUCCAUUACAAGCAGAUGGUAAGAAGAACUCAGGCGGCUUUGCAGAGUGGUGGAGUUAUCAGAGCUUUUCUUUGGUACCAGGGAGAGGCUGAUACGGUCACUCUUGAAGAUGCACAAUCAUAUAAAGGGAGAUCGGAGAAGUUCUUCAUGGAUUUACGCUCCGAUCUGCAGGAUCCUAUGCUUCCAAUAAUCCAGGUGGGUCUUGCAUCAGGACAAGGGCCUUUCGUAGACAUUGUGAGAGAAGCUCAAUUAGAGAGUGAUAUGCUGAACGUGCAAAGCGUAGACGCCAAGGGACUGCAGCUGGAGCCUGACGGGCUUCACGUCACUACUCCAUCCCAGGUUCGACUUGGCGAGAUGUUGGCUGAUGCAUUUCUACAGUCUGUACAAAGCCCUAUUAAACCCAAUGCUAUCAGUGAUUCUCCAACAAUGCUUACAAAUUACAUUUCCUACUUUCUUCUAAUUCAAUUGCUCACUUCUCUGUCAAUCAUUUUAGCCUUUAGAUAGAAGAUUCAUUUUCAAUAGCAAAGUGGAAUUGAUUGUAUUAUUGUAUACGUGUAUAAUUAUUAUUGCAUAGAAUGGCCCUGAUCGAGUUAAGGAUUGAUUCUAAAUUAAGUUCAUGAUUAAAGGCUUUGCUUACUG